AUGGUACAAAAUCCAAACAUGACCCACUUGAAGAUAAGUGAAUUGGUUGUGCUUCCUCCCCUCUGGAUAAGGUGUGACGGUUCUGAUCCUGAACAUACUUGUUGGCUUGGAGCUGAGCCUCUCAAAGCUGGAAACAAAAUCACAGGAAUCAAUUUUUAUAUGGUUACAUGUGAUGCUGAUAAAACCUGUUUUGCAAACAUGGAAGAGCUCAAAAUGGCACAUAAAAUGAAACAUCAUUCAUCUAUUGUGAUGACAAAAGGAUUUGCUCAGUAUGAACUUGUUAGAGCUGCUGCAAUAGAAGACACAAUUAUAGAAUCUGAAAGCAAUAUAUACAUUGAUAUUACGUGGAAUACUGUAGAUAAGAUUCUGGAGACACCCCCACUAAUUUCAGCUGCCACGCUGAAUAUUACACUGGAGUCUGGGGACCCCAGAAGUCCUGUAUAUCAGCUGUAUAGAGAACUGCAGUUUCUCCUUGCUUUGGCCGAAGGUUUGAAGACUGGUGUGACUGAGUGGCCUGAGCCCUUAGAGUCUGAAUCAGCUGUUGAACUGGUCCAGGAAUUUCUGACUGAUUUAAAGAAGAAACUGGAUGGAUAUUGUAUAUCUGGAAACAGUAAUGAAACAGAGGUAUCUAAAAUCAAAUGUGACACUGCUGCAGUGGACAGUUCAAUAAAAUCAAUCUUCAGCGAGCGAGGAGACCUGGAUUUUGCUGAACAAUUAUGGUGCAAAAUGAGAAGUAAGUGUGUCAGUUCCUAUCAGGAGUUGAUAGUGUGUUUUACACUGAUAAUAAAAUCCUUGGAACAUGGUGAGAUACAGCCAUGGAUUCAUCAAGGGAGUAGCAGUUUGCUAAGUAAAUUGAUUCAACAAUCUUAUCAUGGAAAGAUAGAGGUCAUUUCCCUCAGUGGCAUCACUCCAAUUCAAAUGCUCUUGGAGAUUGGUUUAGAUAAGAUGAAGAAGGAUUAUGUCAGUUUUUUCAUAGGCCAGGAACUUGCAACAUUAACCUACUUGGAUUACUUCAUUUCCACAUCAGUAGAUCUACAAGAACAAGUUCAUCGUGUUCAAAAGCUUCACCAUAUGCUGGAAAUAAUGGUCAGCUGUACAGUCUUACUUCAGUUUAAACAUGAGAACCUCUUCCCUUUGACACAAAUUUGCAUGAAGUAUUAUAAGGAAAACCCUCUAAAUGAGAAGCAUGUGUUUCAACUGCCGAUCAGACCAGCACUUGUCAAGAAGUUCUAUCAAAAUGAUAACCCAGAAAUAUGGAAGGUGGACAUAAGUAGUGGGCAUGGACAGAAGGAGGUUAAAACAACGUGGCAAGUUAGUACUAAUCCUCCAGUUGAACAUAUGACAUCAAACACUACAGGUCUCUUUUCCGAUUCCACAGUUAAUGGAAGCAGUGAAGAAAGAAUGUAUUUUAUUACAAUGGCUAAGUGCAGUCAGGUGCAUUUCACAUAAAUGCAUGUUAGUCUACAGGCAGGCACUUGAAAGGUACAGUAAAGAGGAAAGUUCAGCAUUAUCUGUGUCCCAACAGUAUAUUUAGAAACACUCUGAUUUGAAGAACAGUACAUCUUACUGAGUCAUUUGCUUUGGUAUGCUUGAAGUGUGACAUACACAGCCAUAAUUCAUCUGUGUAUGUCUAGUUUGUUUAUAAAUGUUGUGCAAUUAUGAAUAUAUAGUAUAAUUAUUUUGAAAAUGUAGAAGACAUUUUUGUUCGUAUAUUUACAAACAUUCAAUAAAGUUCUGCACUUCGGGGUUUUAAA